ACGAAGGGCUAUAAUUGUCAUUUGAGCCAAACUGGAUAGGAUAGAGUGAUAAACCCCCGAUUCCAGAAGAAAGGAAGACGAAGGAUAGAAGUUCUCUCUCUCACAGAGUAUAGAGUUGAACCAUCAAUGGCGUCUGCCUUCUCUGCAACUUUGGCAUUUUCAUGCGCAACUCUUAAACCCAAUCAAAACCCACUUUCUUUGAAUGUUCCUCUUUCUAAACCCUUUUCAAGCUUCGUUUCACCCCUUUCUCUUUCUCCUCAAAAACUCUCACUUUUCACUGUUGCAGCCAAAAGACGCAGAUUGCCUGAAAUCCCAGAAGAAUUGAAGGAUGAAUAUGAAAAAAUGAGGGAUGAAUUUGAAGAAUUCAAAAGACCCCCUAAUCAAAAACCUCAACUUUCUGAUAUUUUGCCUGAAGAUUUUCAACCUCCUGAGCCUGGUUCUCCUGAAUACGAAGCAAUUCUUGAGAAAUAUCUGCCCAAAAGACAACCUCCUCCUCCUCGUGAAGAGAUUUUUGCUGUUGUUGUGGUUGGUUCUAGGCAGUACAUUGUCAUUCCUGGACGAUGGAUUUACACCCAGAGACUCAAAGGUGCUAAUGUCAAUGAUAAGAUUGUUCUGAACAAAGUUUUGCUAGUGGGAACUAAAUCUAGCACCUACAUAGGAAUGCCCAUCGUCACAAAUGCUGCAGUACAUGCUGUUGUAGAAGAACAGUUGCUUGAUGACAAAGUUAUUGUCUUCAAAUAUAAGAAGAAGAAGAACUACAGACGAAAUAUUGGUCAUAGACAGCCCAUCACUCGUAUUAAGAUAACAGGAAUCACUGGUUAUGAAGAUUACCCAGCUUCUACUCUAGAAGCAGAAGCAGAGGCAAAGGCAGAGGCUGUUUCAAGCUAAGUAACAAAUCUGCUGCAUAUUGCCCUUUUUUGUGUUUUUUAUUCCACCAGUAGGUUUUUGAUUCUUGCGGUGUCAUCUUUUUGCCAAAGUUAGGCUGUUUGUAAGGUUUAAUUUGAUAGGAUCGAUAUUGGAAGAACUAUCGUUGGCCAGAGUUUGCUGUAUAUUUCUCCAACUGAAGGAGCAUAAUGUAAAUUAAUGCAUCCAAAUGAAAGUUUUAAAUUUUGCAGUGAAGGCUUCAAUACUGUAGAGCUGAUCAUGUAAGCCCGAAGCAAUUUGUUUGAUUUAGACUCGGUUUGGAACCCAGCUGAUUGACUGGGCAUUUAUUUGGUGG